CUGCGAUUGGUCGGAGCCGGUGACGUGGGCGAUUGUAUCCAGAGCGCGGGGUCAGUGACUCGGAGCCGAGUCUCCGGCCACGGGCCACCCCCCCAUCCCCCCCACCCAGAGCCACAGCGGAGAUCCCCACCCCCCACCUCCACCCCCUCACCCCCAGCGGAUACCCUUCCCGGAUAGGCCCCGGACCUAGAGCGGACACCCCCAGGACAGGCCCAAGAGCCAGAGCGGAGACAACUCCGGACCGAGCCCACAGUCCGUCUCGCCGCAGCCCGGCCCGGGGUCCCGGCUCCGGCCCGGCCCGGCCCCGGCCCCGCGGCGGCCAUGGCUCACCAGCAGAGCAGCAGCUCCCAGAAGGCGCUGAUGUUGGAGCUGAAGAGCCUCCAGGAGGAGCCGGUGGAGGGUUUCCGCAUCACCCUGGUCGACGAGUCCGACCUCUACAACUGGGAAGUGGCGAUCUUCGGGCCGCCCAACACUCACUACGAGGGCGGCUACUUCAAGGCACAAUUGACAUUUCCUAUGGAUUAUCCAUACUCUCCACCCACAUUCCGCUUCCUCACUAAGAUGUGGCAUCCCAAUAUCUAUGAGAAUGGGGACGUGUGUAUUUCAAUUCUGCAUCCACCAGUUGAUGACCCGCAGAGUGGAGAGCUCCCCUCUGAGAGAUGGAAUCCCACCCAAAAUGUCAGGACAAUUCUCCUAAGUGUCAUUUCACUGUUGAAUGAACCAAACACGUUUUCUCCUGCUAAUGUGGAUGCUUCAGUGAUGUUCAGGAAGUGGCGGGACAGUAAAGGAAAGGAUCGAGAGUAUGCAGAGAUUAUUAGAAAACAGGUUUUAGCCACCAAGGCAGAAGCAGAUAAAGAUGGCGUGAAGGUACCAACCACUUUGGCGGAAUAUUGUGUCAAGACUAAAGCCCCUCCACAUGACAAUAGUUCGGACUUGCUGUAUGAUGACCUGUACGACGAUGAUAUGGAUGAUGAAGAUGAUGGUGAUGCUGAUUACUAUGAUGACGAUGACGACUCAGGAAAUGAAGAAUCAUGACCAUCAUCGGGCAGGAGGGAGGUGACCAGCUGACCCCCUCCUCCCUACUCCCCCCUCCCCUCCCCCUCCCCUCCAGGGGCUUAAUGGCUGCCCUUGCUCUGAGCCUGAGACCAGGCUGCAUUGCAGUAUUUGUUGUCCCUCCCACCCCUUCUCCUCGGUCAAUAUAUAUAUUUGGGGUCUGUCACGGCACUGCUGUUCCAAAAUAAACUGUUUCCUGGCUGGGAGGGGGAGAAGAGGGGAUUGGUUAUUUUUGGUUGAGGGGUGGGUGGGAGGGAGGGAGGGGCUGGUUUGUAUUCUCGUUUCCGGCGCUGUCUGUUUUUGAAGCCAAUGGUGAAAGGUUUAUGGGGGGUGUGCUGCAUCGCUCCAUGUAACUUGCUGAUAAAGAUUUGCCUCUGAUGAUACUAACUUUCUACCUGAUAGUCUGGCCCUUUCUUCCCCUCACGUCUGUCCUGGAGUGGAGACUGUCCACUCUAGCCGCUGCUGCCAAAUCACUGUCCCAGAAGCUUUCCAGUCUGAUCCUAUUUGUGUUGAGUACCACUCUCUCUCAGUUGGUUACUGUCUCCGGCUGCAGUCGUGUAACUCUGCCCCUGAGUGAAGUUGAAUGACCUUUCGCCAAGCCCUGGUUUCAUUUCCUUGGGAGGGUAUGAAUUACAGGUGGCAGAGGAUAGAGAUCCUUUCUCUCUAGGAUGAUCCUAUGCACCCCCUACCCUAGCCCUGUCUGCAGCUUGAAGCUUCCCUGCCACUGCCCACCUGUUAAUCUGUCGGGGCUGGUUCAUGUUGAUUUUGGAGGCCUGAGUCUAAGGGCUGCUUCAGCAACAUGCCACUGACACUGCACACACUGAUCUUGUCGCACAAUCUGUCCCAUAAUGCUGCUGUGUUGACAGCUUUGCUGCCAUUUUGUCACAAGGUUGCAGUUGAUGUAUUAAUGAUGGGACAUUGUGAGAUGAAAGUUUUAAAAGGAUGGUUUUUUUGGUUAAACCAAUGCCCUUUAAUUGACGCUGUCCUGAUAUUAGCAACUCUGAGCCACAACUCUCAAUAAAUUCCUCUGACAAGGGGGAACAGGGAGAGUGCCAGUCCUGAGUCAGCCCAGGCCAGAGGAUGAAUUAAUUCACAGUAAUUCAGUUUUGGGUUUGUUUUGCCUCUGACAAUGAUGGCUCCAGGUUCAAAUUCAGCGUCACAGAAGAAAGGGAUUCCUGUGCAACCGGAAAACAGGCCUUGUUGCCAAAACACCAAACUUCCUGACUUGGAAAUUGAAGAAUUAAGACCUGACUAUUUCCAUCAUAAUUAAUUUUCAGAAGAAUUUCUAAAACUGCAUUGCGGGAUCAGUCUAAAUCCUGAUUCUCCACUUGAGUGACUGAUCAUUCUGUUUGUCUUCACACUGAUUAAAAUUGCAGUGUGAGUCAGCCUCUUCAGGAGAGGUGGGGGAGCCUGUACCCCAUGGAGAUUCACCAUCUCUGGGAGGGAAAUCUGCAGUUGUGGUUUUCUGGCCUGGGAUGUCUGACCAGGCUCUGAGCUGGAGGGGUUGGGCCGACAGUCAUUCAGUGGUGUCCUGAACUGGAAUGUGAGCAAUGUUCCUCCAAUCUGAUUUGGAUAAUUGAUCUCAAUGUGUAACAUUGAGCUCCUUGAGAGCACGUUGUGAAAGGUCCCUUUUUGCUAUGUGGUGAUUGGCUCUCUAAUAGCAAACUUUGGAGCCUUUCCUGAUGCCUGGAUCAGGUUUCUGCACCUUUGGCUGCUGACUGUCCAAAACCAUAGCCCCUGCACUCUUCUCCCCCCCCCCCCCCCCCCCCCGCAGAGAAAGGGAGCGAGGUAGACCCUGGGCAUCUGACUCUGGCUGCACUGUCUGCAGGGAACGGUUGCAUGUCCCAGUGUCCCACUUGCAAUCUUUGCUUGGAGGUUUUGUUUCAGAUUGCGAUUCCCUCAUACCCAAAACCCUUGGUCUACAAUGAGCUUUGCUCUGGGAUUGCUCUGACUACCAGGUGAGUGCGAGUCUCCUUUUGACCUCAAGCAGCUGCUGUUCUUCCUGAUGGCAGGCAGCUCGAAGCUAACCUCAAUCUGAAACAGGAGGGAUAUUUAUCAAAGAGCCCCCGUGAACAGUGGCUUUUGUCCAUGUUUGCUGCAGCCGGGAGUUAGCAGUAUUUUGAUUUUUAGUCGUUAUUUCUUUGUUUCGAAAUUGAAUAAAGGACUUUUCAGGA